UACGUUUGCCGUGAACCGAGAGCCCCCGGAAAAGUAGUGUCGAGGAUUAGAAGUGUUGAGCAGUUAUAUUCAGUACCGAACGGAGUCAGUCAGAAUUCGAAUCGAAAACAGAUCCCAAAUCGGACAAUCCGAUCGGACAUUUCAAAUCCAAAUCCAAAUCCCAAUCCAAUUCAAUUCCAAACUUAAAUUGAAACUCAAAAUUUUUUUAAAAAGACACUGUGUCGCGUGCUCACUGAAUUAUCAACAAAGAAAUCAAGGGACCCGUCCAUAUUAGCAGGACCUAGAAAAAGAAUAAAACCCGAAACGGAAAGAGCCAGGAUGUCGGACAAGCAGCAGGAAAAGGAACCAAUCCCCGAUGAGGAGCAGCAGCAGGAGCAGGAGCAGGAGCACGAGGCUCCUGGCAGCAGACAUGCCUGUUGCGGAUCUGGACCGGAUCCGGAACCGGAAGUGGAAAUGGACGUCGAGGUGGAGGAGGCAUCGGGAUCAGCAAUCGGCGCUGCAGCUGCUGGCGGAUCGGAUGCACCCGCUCCGGCCAAUCCGAAUCCGGGGCUGGAACGCGACAGGGACAGGGACUCGCACGGCGACAGAUCCACUCAUCGCGAUGAGUUUGGAACGCAGCGUGUUUACAAGAAGACCUCGCCAAAUUGUGUGCUGACUUUAUAUUUACCCACUCGCGAGAUAACACUCACCGGAAAUAAUCCGUCCGUUUUGAGGGGCAUCGUCUACGUGGAUCCGAAGGCCAUCCAGGGAUAUCGCGUAUACGCCCAGCUGACGCUGACGUUCCGGUAUGGCCGCGAGGAUGAGGAGGUGAUGGGUCUGCGAUUCUGCAACGAGGCCAUCAUGUCGCUGCACCAGAUUUGGCCACGACUCGAGGAGCCCACGCCCGAGUCCCUCAGUCCACUGCAGGAGGCCCUGAUGAAGCGCCUUGGCGAUGGAGCCCAUCCCUUCACCCUCUCGCUAUCCUCCUACGCCCCACCCAGUGUCCAGUUGGUGCCCGCCAAGCGCUACUACGGAGCACCCAUUGGCACCAGCUACGAUGUCCGCUGCUUCAUCGCGGACAAAACGGAUGAGAAAUUCCAUCGGCGGGCUUCGGUCAAGAUGGGCGUACGGGUCAUCUAUCGCACGGAUGUCUUUCAUCAGCACUUGGCGCCGGAGCAGUAUGCCGCCUUCGCAGGGCGUCAAAAUAACGCCCAAUCGCCGCCGGCCAGUGCCACGCCCCCGUCAUGCGGCGAGGGCGGCGAGCAGCACACCACCCACACCCAUCAGCAAUCGCAAUCGCAGCCCACUAGCGGAUCCAAGCACAAGACGAAGUCCGAGCGCGGUGACUCCUUCCCCAAGCUGCGUCUCUCACCGAAAUCCUUUCGAUUCAGCGGUCGUUUCGGACGCAGCAAGAGCGAGAUCGAAAAGUGUCCCAAUGAUCCUUUCCACAGCUACAGCAAGUCCUUCCAGGAGCACUGCGACAGCAUGCUGCCGCCGCACACUGGAGCCGGGGUCACCGGCGGCAUCGGUGGCGUCAGUGUGGGUCCCUGUGGCGGUCCUCAAGGAUCCGUGGACAAGCCCUUCCUGCUGCACGACGGCCGGGUGGGAUUGAGGGCCAGCUUGGACAAGGGCUGGUAUACACACGGCGAGGACGUUCAGGUGACCGUCAAUAUACGCAACGAUAGCCGCAAGACGGUCCGUAAAGUACGGGUCUGCGCCAUCCAGCACGUCGACGUUUGCAUGUUCAACAACGGCAAGUUCAAGAAUGUGGUGGCCGAUUCUGAUAAUAUAACACCGCCGGUGGAUCGCACAGUGGCCGCUGGAGCCUCGUUAAAUACCACGGUGACGCUCCGUCCGCAACGCGGUCCCACCAAGAACUGGAUCGCCCUGGAGGACACUUUGCAGCGGAGCACCGAGCCGGAGGAGAUCACUGGCGCCAUCGCUGCUUCGGCCAUCCGCUCGCCUCACUUUGUGAUGCAGAACGCCCAGCUGUUGGGCGGUUGCGGCCAUCCGUUGGGCAGUCCGGCCCUGGUUACCCCACAUCCACACCUCUGGCAGCCGGGCUCACAAGGUCAGGGUCAGCCGGGUAAUCCCAACUCCGGCGGCGGCAAUGAGGAGCGCAACGUGUUCGCCAUCUAUGUGUCCUACUACGUCAAGGUGAAGCUCACCCUGAGCGGCAUGGGUGGCGAGUUGUCGCUGAAGUUGCCCUUCGUCCUGGUCCAUGUGGAUGAGACCCAGCGUCCGGGAUUCGCCUCCGCUACGCUGGGCGAGCUGCGUAUGGAGAUGGAGCGUCUGGCCCUACAUGAUGCACCCGUGGGCAAGCGUAAUGGUCGACGCCAGGCACAGCCCACUUCCGCGGAGAUCCGAGAUGGACCCUCCACCAGUGCGGCUGCCGCCGCUGCAGCCGCUGCUGCAAAGUCAGCCACCCAAUCCUCCGGGCAGUCAGGCGGGCAUCUGGACAUGAUCGAGAGCCUGGACGAUGAGUUCAACAUCAGGGUUCCGGUGCCAAGGAACGGCUCCCAUAAGCGGCGUUUGCAGCGCAGCGAGACCUUGGCCCGUGAUCUGGAGGAGCACGAGGAGCAUGGUCCGAUGCCCGAGGAAGAGGACCACAUCGUUCAGAUCCACUUGGAGCAGGUGUCACCGGACAGGGACGAAGGGCAGCAGGAGGAGCGUGUGCAGGAGGAGCAGGUGAGCCACGCACCCGGAGCCGAGACAGGCGCAGUCCCCAAGUCUUCGAAUGUGUGAUUCUGAUUGUGGUCGCAGAUGUUUGCCAAACGCAAGAGGAAGCCGUAGUACCGUCCCCAACUGGUAGUAUAGGAAUAGUCCAAUGUCCAAUUACCAUUUCCCAGGACGCGAAAAUCGAUCGGACAAUACAGUUUUUUUUCGUUCUUAAACCGAUCAACUAUUUUAUUUAUAUUUUGGUUACAUUUUCUAGAGCAGUUUCCUGUUCUUCUUUUUUAAGACUGUUAAACAGUUUUGUGCUCUAGAAAUAGAAAAAUUCAAACGUCCAAAAACUAUUCAUUUGUGACAAAUAAUAUAACGUACGUCUAUUGAAUUGCAGGUUUGAAGUUGUUAAAUAAAGACACUUUAGUUUUUUCGAUUCAGCAGCAUUUUAAAAAUAGAAGUUUUCGACUUAAGCUGCUUGAAAUGUUUUAAAACGUUUUUAAAGUAUAAGCACCAACUCUCGUAGUUGCGGCCACUGUAAAUUUUAAUGAAUAACCAUUCAGUUUCGGUUUCAGCAGUCAAAUGUCAGGAGUUAGAAGAUAGGUACAGUACCCAUUAUGAGGGGUGGGCAAUUCGAAAGGGGUCUAUAGGUAUUAAAAAGUAGAUGGUUUCCAAAAUCGGAGAGAUAGAAAUCCAAAAAUGAAUUAGGUGGCAACGGCAUUCCCUAGGAAUUAGACAAUGAAUUGAGGUGAAAUUUUUGCAGUUUGAUUAAAACGGAUGUGAACGAGUUGCGACGAAGGAGUUGAAAUUGAGGUAGUCGUAGAUAUAGUUAAGAUUUAUUAUUUGAUAUUAGCCAUGCAAUGCGUUGAAAUUGAUGAUAUUUUGCGUGGAUUGGCAGGAUAGUGUAGCAAUGUUAUAAAACGGCAUCAACAGUAUUGAAAUUGAAAGGCAAGCCAACCCAAAAGCAAAGUCAAAACAUAUAUAUUUACAUAGAUCGUAAGUGAGUGUGGUUCAAAUGAGUUCGAUAUGCAACUAAGCAUUAAUUUACAAAAAGAAGUACACGAGAAUGCCAAUUGAAAGCCCAUUUUUCAAAUCGCACAGAUGUCACCACUAUCUAAAUAAUCAUGUAUUUACUGAAUAUUAAAUGUUUGAUGUGUAUUUACAAGACGACAAGGAAAUAUAUUACAGAGGCCAAAGGCAGAGGCAAAUACACACACACACAAAAAAUUGGGUGUAAAAAUCUCGUUGCGGUUUCAAGCUGACAAAACGUAUUUACAAGUAAUCAACCAACCAACCAACUAAAAAAAUACAAAAUGACAAACACAACACAUAUCUGUGGGUUUUCUGGCUUUUGUUGCCAACGCCAAUGUAUUAUUGUCGCAAUGUAUUGAUUUAAAUCUAUGGUCAAAUUAGCUGAAUUAAGCAGACAGGUGUCACUCGCUAAGGGUGAUUCUAUAUGAUUGUGGAAGAACUAAUUCUAACGACAAAGUUCCGAACAGUAUGGUAAACACCCACGAAGGAUCGACACUAUAGCUAUAGUUUUUUAAAUCGUAUUGAGACACCUAGUAUAUCUGAAUGAUGAGGUCGGGGAUCCAGAUACCUAAGGUGUUUUGAAUAAAUUGUGGAAAUAUCCUGUUUGAAAGCGGGACAAACUUAAACCACCAAGAAAUGAGAACCUACGAUAUCGAAGAUUUUUAAUGUUAGCUGUACGAAAAAUCCACAUGAUACUAUCCACAUGCAUACUACGAUGAUGAGAAGGGGAUAAUGAAAAUUGAAAACUGACAACAAUAUUAAUAGUAUUUAUGUGUAUAUGUGUCUAGAGUUAAUGUGCAACAUUGAAACACACUGAAUAAUGAUGAAUUUAUGAAUGUAACACGAUUAGGCAAUCGCUAUGCUCGGCUUACGCAAUCUGUGUGCAGAUCGACAUCCUGAUCGAUAUAGACAUUUAAGUCUAAAUAGAACUAUAUAUAUAUUUAUGUGGGUGUUGCUUUGACAAGCCAAGCUGCUACUUCAAUUUCGAAAGCAAAAAACAAAAAGAACGCUACACUAACGCAAAGGCGAAAAAAUAAACUUAAAUGUGAUGCAUUUCUAUGAAUACACUAAAUGAAUACAUAACCCUAUAUACAAUCAUAUAUGUAUACACUGUAUCCGAUGGCUAUUUAGUAUUAAGACUCUCGAUCCGCAACCGCAUUCCCUUUACUUUAAGAGCUGGACUCUAAUCGCAGCCAAGGAUUGCGCAAACAUUUUGGUUCCCCUCCUAUCCCAUUCGAUUCCGUUGUCCUUUCUGUCUCCGGAGCUCCAGAGCUACCACAGCCAAUUGAUUGAUGAUGAAUCCUGGCCAUGGUCAGCAACCGAAAGUGGGUGGAACUCCUACCAUAACCAUGGAUACUGCGCGAUGGACUCUGGGGGCAGACAGGCCGUCCUGGAA